GAUCCUCGAAAAGACAACUCUCUCUCUCUCUCUCGUACUUGAGAGUCAGUCCCUUUUACUUUCCCCUCCGUUCCGACAAACAUUUCUCCGAUGUCGGACUACGGGAACGCCAUGACCCUCUCUCAUCACCUGACAUCCGAAGACUCCGACUCCGACCACACCCUCGCCAGUGGCUCACCCGCCCCACGCCCGCUGUCCUCCAGGGCCUCCCAGCUCCAGGCCUCCGCCUCCGAGGGGCCGGGGUCGUCCUCGGCCACGAAAAAGCCGAGGGGGAGGCCCCCGGGGUCGAAGAACAAGCCGAAGCCGCCUCUCGUGAUCACCCGGGAGAGCGAGUCCGCCAUGAAGCCGGUGGUCCUCGAGAUCUCCGCGGGGUCCGACGUCAUCGAGAUGGUCACUAGCUUCGCCAGGCGGCGGCGCGUGGGGGUGACCCUCCUGAGCGGAACGGGGACGGUGUCGAACGUCACGCUCCGCCACCCCAUGUCGUCGAACUCCCACGCGCCGGGCUCCCUCAUCUCCCUACACGGGCCCUUCCACCUCCUCUCCCUCUGGGGCUCCUUCAUGGGCUUCAACACCAACGCCAAGACUGCCGCCGCCGCCUCAAAGCAGGCUGCUGCAGCCUCGGCCCCCGUCCCGGCCCAGCACGGGUUCGGGAUAACGCUGUCGGGGGCGCAGGGGCAGGUGUUCGGGGGAGUGGUGGGGGGAAAGGUGGUGGCAGCGGGCCCGGUGGUUGUUGUGGCGGCGACGUUCCUGAACCCACCAACGCACAGGCUGCCUCCGCCCCAGGAGGAGCGCGAGGGCGGCAGUGGGGCCGACGAAGACGAAGAAGAACAUCAGACGGGGGGAAGAAGCAUUGCGAAGGAGGCGGAGGCGGGUACGGGGCCGGUGAGAUCAUGUGUACUCCAAUUUCGGCACUGCCUCCUAGUUUCUAAUUAGGCUGAGCUAAGGAAGAUAAUUAAUCCAUCAUUAGUUAAUGUUAGCAAAUUACUAAUUGACUGAGGUGAGGUGAUGUGAUCAAUUAAUUAUUGGGAGCUUAUUCAGUUUGUCAUUAGUUAGCUUUGACUUAAAUUAUAUGGAUGAUGAUGAUGCGGGCUAGCUGAUGAGGUUGACUUAUCAUUAUUAUUAUUUUAAUUCUUAUGCUCGUGCUCGUGCUCGUGCAUGCAUGGGAUUGUCUA